AUGCCUCCGAAGGCCUUCAAACGCGCUGCUGAUCGCGCUGCUGCGUCAAAUAAACGUGUCAAAGUCAACAACUCUCAAUCGCAGUCUGAGCUGCCCGUACGAACCUCACCACGCAAAGCCCUUGAGGUUGCAGCUAGUCAAGCUACGGAAGAGGCUCCGUUCGAAUCGCAGCUGCGCGACCUGCUGCCCGAUAACGCGAUCGAUCCGCCAACCGAGGGCUCACGAGCUGCUACAGAGGCUUCGACUGAGGCGUCUGAUAGCUACGAUGGAGCCGAACUCGAUAGUCGGUUUGAGGAUAGGCACGAUGGCCUUGAUUGGGCUCAUAUACCGCGGUUUAUGAAGCCGCUAAGGACGCUUAAGGGCAGGAAAAGCUGGGUCUUCGAGCACGGCUAUCGCAUCGCCUUAAUAGCUGAUCCGCAGAGAACUUUCUGGAUCUGCAGGCAUUGCUAUAAACAUCAGAGAUUCGAGGGGAAGCAAGCGUUAGAGGUGACGCUAUCAACAACUGCUGCGAUAACUCACAUGGCACAGAACAGAGUUGGCCACCGCCUUAACCGUCAGGGCCAGCUUGCUAAGGCUGCGCUACCUCGAGGUCAGACGUCCCUGCGAUUACUAAGCGAUAGCGGUGUUGCUGUAUCGCAGGAAGUCGCUAAUCAGAUUGGAAACUUCGACGUACAAGGCUUUCGAUACGCUGCUGUUAGCUGGUUAGUUGAUAACAACCACGCUCUUCGCGAGUUUGAGACUCCAGCUUUCCGUGAGAUGAUAGCAUACGCCAAUCCAGAGGCAGCAGAAGCGCUAUGGGUAAGUCGUACCAGCGUUGCGAGCUUUGUUAUGAGGCUUUAUUGCCACCUCGAGCCGCAGGUUGUCAACAAUUUGUCGCAAUCUAUUAGUCAAAUCCAUAUUAGCUUUGACGGGUGGACGACAAAGGGUGGCAAACGAGGGUUCUUUGGUAUUGUUGCUCAUUACGCUGACGCCUGUGGUAACGUUAGGGACCUGCCUAUUGCCUUACCGCAGCUUACCGGCGCUCAUAGCGGUGAUAGGAUUGCUGAUAUAGUUGCGAAGACGCUGGAACAGUUUAGUAUUGAUCGCUCUAAGCUAGGCUACUUUGUUCUUGAUAACGCAUCCUCAAACGAUCGAGCUGUCGCCAAACUCAGCGAGUUAUACGACUUCGAAGCUCCUUAUCGCCGCCUCCGCUGCGCGCCUCACACGCUUAACCUUGUAGGCCAGACAAUUAUGUUUGGACUUGACAAGGAGGCGUACAACGGCGAUAGCAGUAACGAGCAAAAUACAGAGGCGCGAUACUUGCGAGACUGGCGAAGAGACGGCCCGCUAGGAGUACUAGUCGAUAUCAUCAACUAUAUCAAAACGCCUCAGCAACACGAUCUAUUCGCAUCGCUUCAGCGCUCAGUUAACGAUCGAUCGCACACAGAAACAAUACUAGAGCCAAUUAAGCCUAUUAUCACGCGAUGGAACAGCUAUCACGAUGCCUUUGAGCGCGCAGUUCAGUUAUCAGAAACCUUCAACCUAUACGCUAACACUCAUAUCAACCGCAUCGCGCGCGAUGACGCAUAUGCGCAAUCGCGUGGUAACAAGCUGCCUAACGCGCCAUCCUGGAUGCGAUCUAACGGACUAAAAGCAGCAGAUUGGGCGGUGAUAACUGAGUAUAUUGAGGUGUUGAAGCCGCUCAAGGAGGCCACAAAACGCCUUGAGGCGCGCGGUAAACAAGGAAGCUUUGGAGCUAUAUACGAUGUUAUCCCAGUAUUCGAAUACGUCAUUGGAGCUUACGAGGCGAUACUCAGGACCUACGAUCACGUUGACUUUAACGUUCAUCCUGAGGCUCCAGAAGAUCACCUCGCGAUCAACCUCAAUGCUGCCUGGCGCAAGGCCAACGAUUACUACACUAAGCUCGAUGCCUCGCCCGCCUACUAUAGCGCAACUUGCCUUCACCCAUACUACAAGAACUACUGCUCAAACAGCUGGCGUGAGAAGCCUCACUGGAUUGUCUCAAACGAGGCAGAGUUGCAGCAACUGUGGGCGCGAUACAAGCCUAUAUCGCUGCCAAUCACGCGCCCGAGGCCGCCGCGAUCAGGCGGUAUUGACGACGCAAUUGCUGCGCUCGUCAACGUUGAGCCUGAAAACGAGGUGGAUAUAUCAAAGAUAGAUGAGCUUAAUCGCUGGCGGCGAUAUGAGCCAGCGUGGACAAAGGAGCAGUUUGAGCAGGAGGGCAAUCCAAUCAAGUAUUGGAUUAGCCUGCGAUCGCGAUAUCCAAAUCUAUCGCGAUUAGCCAUCGACCUGCUCACUAUACCAGCUAGCAGCUGUCAAUGUGAGCGCCUGUUCAGCGAGCUUGGCGACCUAUUAGAGCCUCGCAGGCGGAAGAUCGGAUCCCAGCUGCUAGCGGCUAUCCGAUGUACUCGGAGUUGGAGAAGAGCAGGUUUCAAGCCUCCUCAUAACCAGGAAGAUAGUCUUACUGAUCAGGAGAUGAUCAGAAUCUACAAUAUAUGGGAGUGGGAGAACAAUGACUAG